GGCUGGGGAGCGGCGUCCGCUGGCCGCCGGCGGACCCGGAGCCGCGGCGGAGAGGCGCUUUCUCCCCUUCCCUUCCUGGGGGUGCCUCUCCGGGGCUCGCGCGUGGAGGGCCUGGCGGGCUUCCAGGGACUGCUGAGUGGGCUGGGUGAAGCCAAGCGGCCCUUCCUGCGCGACCGUGGCUCGGCAGAGGCGCUUGGAGAGGCCGAGGAGCGAGGCGGGCUGGCGGACAAAGGCGAGAGGGGCGUGGCUAUGCCGAAGGCUCUCCCGGAGUCUGGCUUGGGGCGGGCACGGCGCUUCCCGGGCCUCCUUUCCUCCCUGGGCCCCUGGAGCCGUUCUUCCGCCGUGCCUGCCGCUCUUCUCGGCCUGGCUUGGGGCUGCGGCUGCCGGCCCCUUGUUCCGGGAAGCCCCGCGAGGAACCGUGUGGCCUUUUGCAGUUCUGAAGGUAUUGGCUUAGUUUCCUGUUUUGGCCAAGAUGUGCGACAAACCGGAUCUUUCGGAGGUCGAGAAGUUUGAUAAGAAGAAGCUGAAGAAAACGAAUACGGAAGAGAAGAACACGCUUCCUUCCAAGGAGACCAUUGAACAGGAAAAAGAGUCUGCCAAGUCAUCAUAGACCAGCGGCAUGAAGCUCUGAUGUUCUUUCUUAGCUCUUUUUUUAAAACAACUCGAGAAAUGCUGCAGCAGCCCAUCUCUGGCUGCUGCCUCUUUGGGCCUUUUUGCCUCCCCACCCUCCUGCCUUUCUGGGCUUGGCCACGCCCUCUGCUUCCAUCACAGAAGAAAAAAUGAUCUACAGGAAAUUUCUGGGGUUUGCCCAGCGCAAUUCUCAUCCUUAGCCUUUCUUGUCAGAGGGGGGGAUUUUAUCAGUUAAAUCCUAAUUAAUAAAAAUGUUUGUGAUUGUUUUUGCAGCUUUGAUUUCCUAAAAAUGGAAAGAAAAAUCUAUUAAAAUUUUAAAAAUGAAUUACCUCA